GUUCUUGGCUUCCUGGCGCGACCAACUUUUGCAUUCGCCACCACCUCUGAGUUUAUUGUUUACGGGUUUACCCAGCUAAUUCUGCCCAGUCCCCGCGACCAUACUUCCAAUCUUCCUUUUAACCCGCCUUCUCUGCACACUGCCUACCUAGUUUGUCCCAGGCCAUUCCGACCCCACGUUACAACCCAUUGGCCAUCAAGCGCUCAAGCUAGUACUGGUCGCCUGCAACCAACAUGUCGGCAGCUCAAGACACGAUCCCCACCAAUGGGGCUGAUCUCGCCCAGGCCGUUGACCAUUUGAGUCUCGGUGACAACGAGCCUCGUCUGGGGCCGGAUGGAGAACCGGCGCCCAAGACUGACGAAGAAUACGCACAAACACAACUUACUUUGCGGGCCAUUGUCUCGUCUAAGGAAGCUGGCGUAAUCAUCGGGAAGGGCGGAAAGAACGUCGCCGAUUUGCGCGAUGAGACAGGCGUAAAGGCUGGCGUUAGCAAGGUCGUCCAAGGUGUUUAUGACCGGGUCUUGACCAUCACCGGUGGCUGCGAGGCCAUCUCGAGGGCCUAUGGCGUUGUUGGACGUGCGCUCCUGGAAGGCGCUCCCACAAUGGGCAUGGGAGGAGUCGUUCAAAACAACGGCACUCACCCUAUCAAGUUGCUCAUCUCUCAUAACCAGAUGGGCACGAUCAUCGGCCGGCAAGGCCUCAAGAUCAAGCACAUCCAGGACGUGUCGGGCGUGCGCAUGGUGGCCCAGAAGGAGAUGCUGCCGCAAUCGACCGAGCGGAUAGUCGAGGUCCAAGGCACGCCCGAGGGCAUUCAGCGCGCCGUCUGGGAAAUCUGCAAGUGCCUGGUAGAUGACUGGCAGCGGGGCACCGGCACGGUCCUUUACAACCCCGUCGUUCGGACCCAGGGCGUUGGCGCCCCAGCGAUGACUGGAGGCAACAGCUACGCUCAGGACAGGGCUCCAUAUGGCGGCCCCCGUGUGACACGGACAGGCAACGGUGCUGAUUUCAGUAACGGCGGGUCUCGACCGUACACUCGCCGCUCAGACGACGCACCGGCUCGCGGUCCGCCGACUCACGACGAGAACGGGGAGGAGAUUCAAACCCAGAAUAUCAGCAUCCCCGCGGACAUGGUUGGAUGCAUAAUUGGUCGCGCCGGCUCCAAGAUCAGUGAGAUUCGCAAGACCUCGGGAGCCCGCAUCUCGAUUGCCAAGGCACCUCAUAACGAGACUGGUGAGCGGAUGUUCACGAUCAUGGGCACCGCCAAGGCGAACGAGACGGCGCUUUUUCUGCUCUACCAGACCCUUGAGGCGGAAAAGCAGCGGCGUCAGCAACAGACCAAUCCAGCAUCCGAGUAGAGUGCGGAUGAGGGUCGUCCGAGUCAUAGGCUGUGACAACACCGUAUAUGGUGUAAUCAUUGGAGUUACGGCGCGGGGGAUCUGUUACCAAAAGCCUAACCACAUCCUUUUGGGGGAUUUUCUGGUUUGGGUCGGAUUUGGUAGCCCUCCAUUACGG